UUUUUGUAGUUUUUUUCCAGUCGUCAUCCAAAGACUUCCUGUCCUGGUGGUCGAAGCUUCUUUCCAUUGUUUGUGAAGGAGCUGCUCCUCGGGAUGUUUUCCAGAUAGCGGAGCAGCGUUUCUCCAGCCGUAAGCUCCGUUUAACGUCCAGCUCCCGUCAGCAGAAAGGCCGGGCUUCCGCCAUGUCCUCCUCCGGAGACUUCCACUCCCAGAUCGCCUCCAUCAUGGAGGUCCUGGCCAACGCCGCCGUAGCGGAGAUCUGUAAAGUUGUGGACGACGGGUACGCGGUGGUUCACCUGGAAAUGUCCCGGAGCCAGAAGGAGAACGACUUCCUGCGGAGGAAAAUCAAACUGCUGGAGCUGCAGAUCGCCAGGUACCGAGCGGAGAGAGCCCGAGGACCGGAGGGCUCCACCGGCAGCCGCUUCCCCGGAGUCCGCCUCCUCAACCGGCAGAGCAGGGACUCACCGGCAGGUCCGUCUGUCCAGGCCAGGACCAGGUUCCUGAACCGAGGUCCAGGAUCCCAGCAGCCAGUCCAGAAGACCCAGCUGAUAGACCUUGACCAGGAUCCUGAUCAGGAGGUUGUCACCACCACCAAAACUGAGCGUCAUCCUGGUUUGUCCUGUCAGUCGGCAGAGCCUGAGGAGGACGGGGAGCUGCUGAUCGUGAAGGUGGAGGGAGGGACGGAGGCUGGAGGACCGGCUGAUCCCUGCAUCGCUGCCGGAGGAGACGCCGACACGCCGCCCACCCUGAAGACCAGCCUCCAGCCGGCCAGACACCGCAGCCAAACGGAGGCCCAGGGAUGUCUGAUAAACACAAGCAGCCCUCACAGCCAGAAGGAAAACACGGAGGAAGUGAAAGGAGACGCCCCAGAGAGGUCCAGUCCCCUCCAGAGACCGUUGGAAUGGCAGCAGAACAUCGAGGCUGAAGAUACGGAGCAACCGUCCUGCUCUACAUACAAACCAGAAAACUCCUCGUUCAGCCACAGCCUGGCCUUUGGUUUCCACUCUGUUCCUAAAAUGCCUCAGGGUGGUAUGAACCAGGCCAGUCCAGCGUCCAGCUUUGAUUCCACUGCAGUCAGCUCAGUCUCUCAUGUAGCGGAGGACAAAUGCAGCAAGUCCUGGACGUCUGGUGGAGAUGAUGGAGCUCAUGAGGUGACGCAAUACCAACCGCUGCUGUUUAUUCAUCAGCCGCCGGCCAGCGACGCGAUGGGUGAAGGAGCCGACAGCAUCCCUGUUGCUACGGGAACAGUGGACUCCCAGGAGCAGCAAUCCCAGCAUUUCUGGUCUGGAGUCCAGCAGACGGACAACUUCUCCAGCCAGCUUUACCAAACGUCCAGCGGUCUGAAGCAGGAGUCGGGUCCAGCCCAGCCUCCGCCCUGCCUGCCCUACGCCUGCACCUUCUGCUCCCGCCGCUACGCCCACCGCUGCCAGCUCCGCAUCCACGAACGAGUCCACACCGGGGAGAAACCCUACCAGUGCGCCCAGUGCGGGAAGAGAUUCGGCCAGAUCUGCAGCCUGAAGCGCCACCAGAUGGUCCACACGGGGGAGAGACCGUUCCCCUGCCCCCACUGCGGGAAGCAGUUCUCCACCUCCACCAACCUGAAGGUCCACCAGAGCGUCCACACCGGGGAGAAGAGGUUCCACUGCUCCAAGUGUGGCAAGAACUUCUCCUUCCUCAGCAACCUGAUCAGGCAUCAGGCUCUGCACACUCGCUCGUCCCCAGCAGCAGCAGCGGAGCGUCCCGCUGAGGGAGCCGGGAUGAUGGCGGACUGUGUCGGCUUCCAGGCGCAGAUCGCCUCGGUCAUAGAGAUCCUGGCCAACUCCGCCGUGGCGGAGAUCUGCAAGCUGGUGGAGGACGGAUACGCGGCUCUGAGGGCUCAGAUCGAGCAGGAGAGGGAGAAGAGCGAGAAGGAGAACGACGCCCUGCGGCUGAAGCUCCGGGAGAUGGACGUGAAGAUCCGGAGCUACGAGAGGAAGAUGAGGAGACGGAUCCAGAGGGAGGACGCCGCUCAGUUUAGGCCCCCACCAGGACCUGACAAUCAUCAGCCUCUGGUGCCGCCACUUCCUGCUGCCGCUGCUGCUGACAAACCCUUCCUUCACAUGUCAAAGCAGGAUGAGGUGAAGGUUUUUCCAGUGGUAAAGCAGGAGAAAGAGGAAAGAGAUGAUUGCAACCUGGACCUGAAGGUGGAGGUUAACAUCAGGGCAGAGUGUGGCCUCUCCACUGCCCUGGAGCCCACUGAGGAAACUCCCCACACUGAUAUCGUUCUUGACACCAGUGUCACCAACUUUGUCUCCACCUCCUCCCAGCCGUCCUCCUCCCCCACUGAGGCCACCGUGGACCUGACCUGCAGGCCUCGAGCCAAACGAAAAGCCACCAAGCCUCUGGGCAGCACUCUGACCGUCAGCAGCGGAGGUGUCCCGGUCCCUGAAGCUACUGGCAGAGACCUCCCAGGGAGCCUAAAGAACGGUGCUGUGAAGCCAGAGGUCCAGGCAGAUGACGCUACAGAAGAUGAAGCUCAUCCCUCCCAGCUGUCGGCUCCUGUGGCUUCGGACGAGCCCAGCCCUGAGCGGCUCAACAGCCUGGGCCUGGACCUGGCCUGGAUGCAGGAGCGGGUCAGCCAUCUGGGAGCAGCAUAUGCAGUAGCACAGCUGGGUUUGGGCAACACAGAAACUGGACACCCUUCUGCCUCUUUCACCUCACAGGGAGGAGACGGUCUUGACAGCACUCCGACCAUGCUCUUCACAGGAGGCACUCAUGAAAUGGCUGCUUUCGCCGCCUCCUUUGACAUGGCUGCUGCUGCCGCCGCUGCCGCCGCCGCCGUAGCUGCACCUCCUCCAGCUCCGCCUGCACCGCCUCCCCCUGCAGCUCCUUCUGCCACCACAACAAGCCAGCGGCGGCCUUACAGGAGCAGUGCUCCCGCUGCUAAAGAAGCCGUGGUGUGCACGGUGUGUGGCCGUGUGUUUCCCAGUGGAGCUGCUCUGGAGCUGCACCAGCGGGUUCACACGGGGGAGAGACCGUACACCUGCCCCCACUGUGGGAAAGGCUUCGCCCAGCCCAACAACCUGCGGGUCCACCUCCUCAUCCACACCGGGGAGAGGCGUUACCGAUGUACGCUGUGUGGGAAGAGCUUCAUCUCAUCCAGCCAUCUGAAGAGGCAUCGCACCGUUCACACCCAGGAGAAACCCUACAGCUGCUCACGCUGUGGACAGUCCUUCAGCCAGAUGUGUAGCGUCCGCAGACACCGGCAGCAGUCUCAGUGCGGCCUGUAGAAAGACCACUAACCCUCACACAGGUCGGACUCUGAAAGGGUGAAUCGUGCAUCUUCUAUUAAUGUGAACAAAGACUACAAGGCUGUGUCCUGUGAAAUCAUUACGUGUAGAUUUGAUGUUUGUCUUAGAUUCUAACUGUAACUGGUGAAUUUUGUUUAAGGUGUAUUUCUCCUAAAGCCUUCUCACCCUCUUCUUAUUGUAGUUUCAUACAGAGAGGGUCGUACAAGGAACUGUAAGAGUGCCUGAGACAGAGCUAACACUUCAUCCAUUAGCCAGUAAAUGGUCUCGUUUGUGGGCUGAUUAUGGAAAGGAGGGUCUUGGCUUGUUUUGAAUGAUCAUUAUGGUCCACCAGUGUACCACCCAGUCAGACAGGAUGAACAACAGCCAUAUUUUGAUCACCUGUCAUCUCUUUAGUGUUUCAGUAAUGAGCUGACUCAAUGUAGAAUUCAUCGUUAUUAAAAGAAAUCUCUUUCUGCCCUUUCUGCUCUGCUUUCUAGACACUUUCAGAUCUAUUGUUGGUACCGGACCAAUGGGAUUGCAGGAUUUAAAUUGGCACUAGCACUUUGAGAUACUGCUUGAAUGAAAAGCGCAUUACGAAUAAAAUUUAUUAUUGUUGUUAUAAUUAAUUAUUGAAUUAACCACACACCGUAAAGUGCUAACAUGAAAAGACGUGGCCUCAUCAGUAGUUAUCCCAGCUCGGACAAACUCAAACAACUCAAUCAAAUCUUGUAUUUUAUGUAGUUGAUUUAUGAGCGUGUAUGUUAGCAUCUAUGGUAGCUGUCAGUUACAACACUUUACAGCGCUUUUUAACUGGCCUGGCUACAAUCACAGCACGUACAGUAUACAACAAAAGUGAGUACACCCCUGGGUAACACCAUCUAAUCGUCCAAUGAUUCAAAAACUACAUCGUCUUGCAGGAAUUGCAUUACUUCCCAGAUCAACAGCAGGAUAUUUGUUGCUAUGUAAAAUAAAAACUUUCAUAAUAUAUUUAAAAAUAAGGACCCUACAGUAGUAAUAACUGCAACAAGUCAGUACACCUGUCAUUACUGAGAUUCAUAUUGUUGGAGAGAGCCAUUCAUUGGACACUUUUCAGCCACUCUUUGAGAGGUUGUGUUGUUGUAAACUUCUCUGUAAAACCCCGAAGUGUUGGAUUGGAUUGAAGUAAAACAACAAAUUUACCCAAGAAUAGUCUUCACCUUUGCUUCUUCCUUUAGAAACUCCUGUCAGGUUGUGGCAUGGUGCUUUCCAUCACUACGAUGCUGGAAUAUUCCAUUUCAUAAAUAUCCAGUGUUAUAUCCCCCCAUGCUGACAUGAAUAUCCUGCGAUAGUCAUUUCUUAGUUAUAGAUUUCUUUCUUUCAACCAACAAAACACUCAGGUGAUAUUUAUCCUUUUCUCUCCAGUCCUGUGGUAAACAUCCAAAUGGAAUUACAAGUUUAAAGAUGUCAAAAAUAAUGUAAGAUUUAAGAGGUAAUAUCAUUAUUAUCCCUUCUACAUUCAGAUGAUAUUACACAUGGAUGUACUCACAUCUGUUGUAUACUGAAUAACCAGAAUUUAAUAAAUGUUAGAGUAAAACUGGAUUAAAUUACAGCGUGAAAACAUGUUGCGAUGUGAAGUACCGAUGGAACAUUUCUGUCUGAAAUUCCAGUUUGAUUAUUUUCUCUGUUCUCUGCCUUCAUGAGGUCAUUUUGAGCCACGGCAGGCUGCCGUUUUAUCAGAAGAAUCUCUUAGCAGUACACAUCACAUCAUAGCAAUUAGUUAAAAACCGCUGGCAAAAUCUGCAGUCCCAACAGUGUAUAUCCAUUCCGUAUUCCUCACAUUCAAUAUCAUCGAUAAGUGGCACCGUGUGGAGUAGAUGUUGUCCCACAGGGUUGCACCUUCUGAUGUUCACGACUGUGUUUGUCAGGUUGACUGUCAGCAGUAUUUACUUCUUACAAAGGGAGGUGGAUAUAUUGUCCAGAAGGUUGAGGUUUGUUUCGGAAACUGGACAGUGGUACGGUCUCUCUUCUUCACCAGUCUUCUUAGUGUCAAACUUUCUUUGAUCUGAAUUCAAUAUGAAAUAACAAAGAUGUGUAAAAUGUAAAGUUCAACAUAUAUCAGAGUGUUAGUGUGUAAAUGUUUGAAUGUCAGUGGCACCAGCUGUAGGGUGAACAGCUACAACAGAUAUUUUGCCUUUUAGUAUUCUUUUAUGACAUGUUCCAGUGUUUCAAAGUAUAUCGGUGUCAUUAAACAUGUAAAAGGUUUGCAAUGAA